CCAAAUUGCCAUUGAAGGGGCACGCAGAAACCUCUGUCUGCGUCUCCGAACCCAACUCUCUUCUUCUUCUCUCGAUCUGAUCUCUGUUUAGUUACUUUGAUCUGGAGAGAAUUUUCGCAUCAGAUUUGUAUCUGAACGUUGCUUGCCGGAAAAGAGACGAUACAUAUUCGAAAAAGGAGAGAUUUUGACUGAUUCACCAUGGACGUUCCUAGCUCUUGGGAUGCUUUACGUAAACAGGCUAGAAAGAUUGAAGCUCAGCUUGACGAGCAGAUGCAUUCAUAUCGCAGACUUGUUUCCACUAAUAAGGCUUUAACAAAAUCAGAUGGUGGAGUGAGUGAUCUUGAAGCUGGGAUUGAUUUACUUCUUAGGCAACUUCAGCAAGUUAAUGCUCAGAUGCAAGCUUGGGUUUCUUCUGGUGGUUCUGAAAUGGUUUCACAUACUUUAACUCGGCAUCAGGAGAUUCUUCAAGAUCUCACACAGGAGUUUUAUCGACACCGCUCUAGUCUUAAAGCAAAACAAGAGCAUGCUUCACUUCUUGAGGACUUUAGAGAAUUUGAUCGGACUAGGUUAGAUUUAGAAGAAGGGGGUGGGUCUACAGAGCAAGCCCUGCUCAAAGAACAUGUGGGAAUCAACCGCAAUACAGCGCAGAUGGAUGGUGUCAUUUCACAAGCUCAGGCAACGCUUGGUACACUCGUGUUUCAGCGUUCAACUUUUGGGGGCAUCAACUCUAAGCUUAGCAAUGUCACCAGCCGUCUACCCACGGUGAACACAAUUCUGUCAGCGAUAAAGAGGAAAAAGUCGAUGGAUACAAUCAUUCUUUCACUCGUUGCGGCUAUAUGCACAUUUCUCAUACUCAUCUACUGGCUAACGAAGUAGAAGUUCAUCUCUCUGUUGGGCCACGUCUGGUUUUCCCAUUAUGUUUGAUUUGUUAUGUGAUCAUCAGUGUUCUAGUAAAGUAUCUUAAGAUCAAUAUAAAUAUUUUGUGCAAGUGUACAGCAUACUUCAUACCUACUUUCCAGUUUAGCUUAUUCAACCGUCUGUUUCUCUCAUCUUAUAAUGUUUUUU